UCCGUAAUGGCGGUAGCUUCAAAACAGUGAAUUUCGUUCUCGUGCAGACCUUACAAUGUUCUCUAGGCUGCCAGUCACACACAACUAGUGCACGAUGAUGAACCCAGGAACUAGUAUUAACUUUGAUGGGCAGGCUUUGGAAGAGCAACAGGAAGCAGAGUUUGAAAGAGAAGACAGAGAAAGGGAGAAAGAGUUACGUGAAUUACUCUCAGCAGCCUUACCAGAUGAUUUACUGGAUGAUACAGUGUCUCUGUCGUCACAAGAAUCCUCUUUAAUAUCAGUUAAUCCAUCGCCAUCACCUAAAACAAUAAGUAAUGAUCACUGGGCAAAACAGCAACAGAAAGCGGCAGUAUGGCACGCUGACCAGGUGGCAUCACAUAAUAGCAGUUUGCAGUGUCAGCAGACAUCGACCCCACUGAAUGGUAACAGUCCGCCACCUCCGUUAGAAACACCAGCCAGUCAAUAUAAUGAAAAACAGUAUGAUCAUAAUGGAUAUCAGAAGGAAAAUGGGUAUGGAAAUGGUUAUGAGCAAAAUUACGAGUUUGUGGAUGGACACAAUAGGCAGUAUGAACAACAACAAUAUACUCAACAGCAACAACAACAAGGGGGUGUUUACCCUCAACAAAACGGCUACCCGGGAGUAAAUGGCCAUUCGCAAGAGUCUGAUGGAUAUGCAGAGAACAACCAUUCACAUUCAAAUGGCUAUCAAGAAGGCAAUGGAUGGAGCAACCAAAAUAAUAAUUAUCAAAACGGUGACGCAGCUUACGCUCAGAAUGGAGGACACACACCGACUGAAGAAUAUCCUAAUGACCAUGGGGAAUAUCACCAUGUAGGGAAUAGUAGCGAUGACGCUUACAAUGGAUACUAUGAUGAACAGAAUGGAUACAAUCAUCAGCAACAGUAUCCCGAGAAUGGGUACCAUGCGAAUGCCAGAGAAGGUGCCUACUUGGAGGGUUAUGCAGAACAACAUGGUAGUAACGAGUUUAUUGACUAUAAUGGAAUGCCCAAUGAGGAACAACCAAAUGAAGCGCAUGAUCCUAACGCCUACCACUACAAUGAGUAUAACGGCAAAGCUGUCGAGGAUCAAUCAGAAAGUUUCCCCAAUGGCUAUCACAAUGGUGGUUUUCAUGCCAAAGUGAGUCCGCAACUGAGAAGUUCAAUGCCGGAAUUGAAUAAAAUGACAGACGUUGAGAAUUAUAAAGUUCAGUUCAGGGCAAAUGUGAUGAACGGACAUUCAGAGAAUGCCGAACAGUUCAUCACAGCGGCUCCAUCUAAAAUGAUGAUGCAGGGGAAAACCGGUGAGGAGUUUGACAGCCUGCAGAAAGAAUUUCUCAACACAGAUUUUAUUCUACAACUCAAAAUGCUGAAGGUCUUCGGUGUGUCCUAUAACAGGACUGAUUUUAUUGAGGUGAACAAUAACUUGAAAAUAGAGCUGUCCGAUGUGAAAAAGAAUUCUGAACGGUCACAGAUAGACUACACAGAAACCAUCAAUAAACUGACAAGAAAUCUUGAAGAGAGUCAGAGACAAUGUCGAGGUCUCUUAGAAACUGGUUCAGUUCAGGAGAUUGGUCAGUUGAAGAUUCAGCUCCAACAAGCCAAUACAUCCAAGAGUAUCAGUGAAGGAAUGUACCAAGCACUGCAGGAUGAAGUAUCAGAUCUAAAAGAACAAAUUCAGAUGUAUGAGUCUGCAGCCACACUAGGUGUAUAUUCUGGUAAUGGUGUUGUACAGCAAGAAGGAUUAUCUGAUUCAUUUGCACAUCUAGGUAUUAAAUCUAAAGAAUGCAAUAAAGAGUGGAAGACACCAAAGCUACACACGUUGGACAAGACUGAUAACAUGUCACAUGAUGAUGUAGUAAAUGGUUUGAAAUGUGAAUUAGAGAGAGCACUUAGCACCAUCAGAUCUAAGAGAGGACAAGUCACAAGACAACAGGAUGAAUUGAAAUCUAUGAAAUCUGAACACCAGGAGUAUAAAAACAGAGCAGAACAUGCUGAGAAACUUGCCAAAGAUUUUGUGCUCAAAGAGGCAAUGUUGGUAGAGAAAGAUGAAGCAUUGGAAAAACUCAAACAGUCAUUGGCUGAUUCUCAUCGUGUCGAGAUGAUGUCAGCUAAAGAGAAAUGGCAGAAAGACCAGGAACCAGAAACAGAUAGACUGAUAGAAACAAAGAUUGCUGUUGCUAAAUUGGAAUGGUUGAAAGAGCAGAGUGAUGUGAGAAAACAAGCAGUAGAUAACGCUUUACAGGCUGCAGAAAGAGAAUGGGCCAUUAAAUUAGAUAUGGCUGUAGAUGAAGGCAUUGAGAAGAGGUUACAAGAAAUGAAGGGACAAGGCUUUGAGCCGGAGGAGUUGAAAAAGGCACUUUCUGUAGAACGAGAGAAACUACAUCAAGUUUAUGAGGAAGAAAAGAGCAAGGCAGUGGAGUCGGCUAUUGCCAUAGCUGAGGUAGAAUGGAUGACUAAACACCAGAUUGAUGCCAAUCAGAAACUUACAGCUGCCCUUGACGAUGCCCGGAAAGCCUGGAUGAAGGAACACGAUGAUAGUGUUGCUAAGAUAACGGAGGAAACUAUGAGAAAUAAGGAGAAAUUGAUGCAGGAAAUGGAAGAUCGUGUGAAGUGUGCUGUCAUGGAAACUGAGAAUAGAUGCAAAAAAGAGCAAGAAGAUGCUGUGGAGCAAGCUAAACUAAAAUGGAAAAAUGCCAGUGAUAGAGACUCUGUAUUGAUUGAUCGUGCAUUGAAAGCUGCUGAGGAGAGAGUCAUGGUGGAGCAAGGGGAAGAUAUUCGUAUGCGAAUUGAGGCCGCUGUUAACGAUGCCAAGGCAGAAUGGAUGAAAGACGGAGAAUUAUCUAUGAAGAGUCGAAUUGACGACGCUUUACGGAAAUCUAAAAGUGAAUGGCAGCAACAAAAUAUUGAAAGCAUGAGUUCUAAGAUCAAAGAGGCUUUGAAAGAGGCUAGACAGAAAUGGCAAGAACAACAAAAGAUGACGAUCGAGAAGGUUAUUGCUGAUACUAAAGAGAACAUGUGGAAAGAAGUGAAAAGUACGUCCAGUGAUGUUAUGAAACAGACAAUCAACGAUCUCCAAAAGGAAAUAAGACAACUGCAUGACCAGCAAGAGGAGAUGACGUUACGUCAAAUAGCAGGAGGUGGAGAAAAUCUGCGAAAAAAAGAGAAGCUUAUCGUUGAAGAGAAAGAGAAAGAUAAAAAAGAUGCUAUCAAGAAGAUGCAAGAGAGAUGUGACGCUGAUUACUCUGUGUAUCUAGAGGAACACAAAGACACGUUGAGAAAAUCUUUAAAACGAAGCAGAGAAGAAUUUGAGAAAGAAAAGAAAGAUAAUGAAAUCAAAAGCAUUAUAGCUGACAAAGAGAAGAAAUGGAAAUCUGAUUAUAAUUCAUUCCUUGAUAAGCAUCGAAGUAUUUUAGAUGAAAGUCUUGAUAGUGCAAGAAAAGAUUGGCAAAAGGAAGUGCAAGAGCUGAAGCGAAAACACAAGUCGGAAAUUGAACUGAUAAAGAAAGGAUAUGAAGAACGUCGAAAAUCGCUGGAUAAACAGUACGAGGAUAAACUGAAACGACUGAAGGAGGAUCUGAAUAAGAGUUUUGAUGCCAAAGUAAAGGGUUCUUGUGAUGAAUUCAUUAAAAAAAGAGAAAAACAAUGGCAAGGAGAAAGACUUGAAUUAUUAAAACAGUUACAAGAAGCUGAGCAAGAACUAAAAGAAGUUGAAAAGCAGUUCCAAAAUGAAAUGCAAGAAUUGAAAUAUAAACUAGAAGCCGAACAAUCGAUGGUUCAUUCGAUGGAGUCUUAUGAAAAAGAAAAAAGUGAAUUGAAACAAAAACUUGACAGAGCCGAGAGUGAAUUGCAAGUCGUUGAUGAGAAUCUUCGAUUGGAGUUGAACCAUUUGAAAAGUACGCUUGAUAAGGAGCAUAAAUCUAAUGUCCGAAGGCUGGAAGCUAAGUUGGCUGAGCAGGAAAGAAAUCAUACACAGACCGUAGAUGCUUUAAAAGAACAGCUACUAAAAGCUCAGCAAGUGGUGGAUAGAUUGGAAGCUAAAGAAAAGGGACAGACGAAAGAACACACUUCAACUCAGCAGACUGAUGGUGAAGACAUCUCAGAAAUACAAGGAGAUGGUCUUCAGCAGUUACGAGAGCAUUAUAUUGAAGCUGUCAACAAGAUUAGAUCUGAUGUUAUUCAUUAUAUUAAUGAGAGCCGAGAUAGAUGUGCCGAGACUGUCAGAUCUGAAGUUAUCAAAGAAAGGCACUCUACUGCCAAAAAACUCAGAAAAUAUUACCUACAGUGUCUACAUCAGUUAUUAGAAGAUGAAAAGAAAAAUUCUGAUGGGGACAAUGAUUUUGAUAAUGUGACUGCAGCACAAAAGCUUGCACUCAUGGCCAAAGCACUGGAAGUCACGCCAGAGAAUAUACUUGAUAAAAGGAAGCCAGCGAUAAAGAACAAAAUAUCAAGUGCAAAGAGCACUGGCAGUGACAGAAGCAGUCGUAGCAGCUCUGCCAAUAGCAGCCGGUCAAGUGGUUCAUCAAAAACUGAUGGCACCAGCAAAGCCAAACCAAUCGUAAGGAGACGAAAUCUCUCACAGGAAUUUGAUAAGUUUGAUACCGAGAAAAGAAGCAAAAGCACAGAUCGAUCAAGUGACAAAAAAAUGCAGUCACAAUCAUCUAACUCUCAGACUUUGAAAUCUGUAAAAGCAUUGCCAACGUAUAUGCCAAAAGACUAUUCAAAAAUCUGUUCUUCUGAUGGAAAAAAUGACAAAUCAUUAGAAAUAUACGCCAGUGAUGCGAGUGCAGAUAAGGAAAAUAUCCAGUACUCUCCGCUUACUAAACCGCACAUUGAAGUCACGGACAAGCCGAUUAUGAGACCGUAUGGACCAGCCAAAGAAAAUAGUGUGUCUUCGUUGUUGGAGAAAUAUAAAGUAGAUCCAGUGUCUGGUAACGUAUCUAUCAGUGAAACGGCACGACAGAGUGAUGAACGGUUACGAUCUAGGUAUGAUGAGGUGAUGAGCCUUCCGAGAGAGCCAAGAGAAUUCAACCCAAUGCCAGAAAAGUUGACUCCAGAUUCCACAAAGUCCUCUCCCGAGGAUCCGAGGAAUUUAUCAUCAAGUAGCAUAACGCUCCGACCGAGGAGCACUUCUCGUACUGAUGCCAUUGGCAGGUCGGCUAGUAGACUGUCCUCCCCUGCUGAUGUCAUCUAUAGAUCAGGUAGGAGCAGAGACAGACUAGCUCCAACUGUAAGGUCUUCCAGCAGUGAUGCCUCUGUUAGUGCUAGAUCACGAAACACUCCCUCAAGCCAGAGAAUCACCAGAAGUCGGGACACAUCUCCAUGUAGAACCAGAGAUACACCUCGCUACACUGCAUCCCAGCUGGGUACACCUGUAACUCACAGUAGAACGCCAACUGACCCAACCAUGCUGUCGUCGAACAACUCAACAGACCCAACAAAGAAUUCAAACUACCUCAUUCGUCCAAUCAGAGAUCAAAGUGGUCCGCCCGAUGGCCAGUCUUCCAACUUAAGACAACCAUUGAGAGUUUCUAACAGAAUAUACAAUGAAAAGACAUCACAAGCACAACCAAAGAUGCAAAAACCAAUUCCUUUGAUGACAAGGCACACCCAAGCACCGUCACCAGCCCCAACAAAUCUCUCCUUCAUAUCCAUGGAUACUGAAUACAAUGAACUCCCAGCUCAGUUAGAUACAUCAGGGACUUACGAAUCUACUGAGAAAUCACGACUUCCCUACAAUCAACUGGCGCAACCAGCCACUUCAACGCCUUUCUCGAGAAUAUCACCAACUGGACAGUCAAGCAGGAUACAAUCACUUCCAUCUAAACCACAGAUCAGUACUUCCAAAUUGUCAGAAGGUAGACUCAGUGAUACAAGUAUAUCAAGUAGUACCAGAUCUUACUCUCUUCAUUCCACCCAGUUAAUAACUCCCACUAAAACAAUUUUAUAAUUUACACUCUACGCAGAAUGGAAUUCUGAAAACCAAGUACACUUUGUAGACAAAUAGGACAUUUAUGUAGCUAUUAUCGAAUACUAAAGAAAAAUAUUUGCUCUGAGUUUAAUUUAGAUGUAUCACACAAUGUACAUAAUGCCAGUAAUGUCCACUUACUCGAUCAACUGUUUCUCAGUCCAACUGUAUAUGGUAGUUGUGAGAAUAAUUCAUGAAUAUUUAAGUAGCUAUUUUGCAUAAUUUUUUACCUGAUUCUGUGAUGUGGGGGUGGUUCAUUUCAAUCAAUGCCAAAUAUAAAUGUUCUUGUAAUUUAUGUAAUAUAUAUAAUUUAUAGCUAAAUAUAUGCACAC